AUGGAGAGGGUCCAGAUGACAGAUUACCUCAUUGGUGCCAACCAGGAAAUUCCUGACUACAUUUCUGAGGCAGAGCUGAGACUGCGUUGCACCAAGGAGUCUGUGGAAGGGGUGGGAUAUAAAGAUCAAGCUGAAGGAGGAGAAGAGGCUGGACCAGGACCAGGGGGAUGGAUUAGAGGGGACAGUUGGGAGUUAAGGAAAGACGAAGGGUCCCCAGUUGGUUGUGGGGAAUGUAGGCGAAGCAGGCAUCAUGCUGCCCUGGCAGGAGGCACCACCAUGAUCAUUGAUUUUGCCAUUCCUCAGAAGGGCGGUUCCCUCAUCAAGGCCUUCGAGACCUGGCGAAGCUGGGCUGAUCCCAAAGUCUGCUGUGACUACAGUCUUCACGUGGCAGUGACAUGGUGGAGUGACCAGGUUAAAGAAGAAAUGAAAAUCCUUACCCAAGACAAAGGUGUGAACUCUUUCAAGAUGUUUAUGGCCUAUAAAGACCUGUACAUGGUGAGGGACGAGGAGCUGUAUGCCGCCUUCUCUCAGUGCAAGGAGAUCGGAGCAAUUGCUCAAGUCCACGCGGAAAAUGGAGACCUGAUUGCAGAGGGAGCAAAGAAGAUGCUGGCAUUGGGGAUAACAGGCCCUGAGGGCCAUGAGCUGUGCCGCCCGGAAGCAGUGGAGGCAGAGGCCACACUGAGAGCCAUCACCAUAGCCAGCGCCGUGAACUGCCCUCUCUACAUCGUGCACGUGAUGAGCAAAUCUGCAGCAAAGGUGAUAGCCGAUGCGAGGAGAGACGGGAAAGUGGUCUAUGGAGAACCCAUAGCGGCAAGUCUCGGCACAGAUGGCACUCACUACUGGCAUAAAGACUGGCACCAUGCAGCCCACCAUGUUAUGGGCCCACCCCUGCGACCAGACCCAUCAACGCCUGACUUCCUCAUGAAUCUAUUGGCUAAUGGUGAUCUAACCACAACAGGAACUGACCACUGCACUUUCAACACCUGCCAGAAAGCUCUUGGGAAAGAUGAUUUCACGAAGAUUCCCAAUGGGGUGAAUGGUGUUGAGGACCGGAUGUCAGUAAUAUGGGAAAAAGGCGUGCAUAGUGGCAAAAUGGAUGAAAAUCGAUUUGUGGCAGUUACCAGCACAAAUGCAGCUAAAGUCUUUAAUCUCUAUCCAAGAAAAGGAAGAAUCGCGGUGGGAUCAGAUGCAGACAUUGUGAUUUGGGACCCAAAAGCCACAAGGACUAUUUCGGCAAGAACUCAUCAUCAGGCUGUUAACUUCAAUAUCUUCGAGGGCAUGGUUUGCCACGGGGUGCCCCUUGUGACCAUUUCCAGAGGCAAAGUGGUGUAUGAAGCUGGAGUUCUUAGUGUCACAGCAGGAGAUGGAAAGUUUAUUCCUCGCAAACCAUUUGCUGAGUAUAUUUACAAGCGGAUCAAGCAGCGAGACCAGACUUGCACACCUACCCCUGUGGAGCGUGAACCUUACAAGGGAGAAGUCGUCACACUGAAAACUAGAGAGACAAAAGAAGACGCUGCAGCAGGGACCAGGAAACAGGCCCACCCCUGA